AUGAAGAACUCGUCUAUGACUUACGACAGCACUGUUUACUUGUGUCUGCAGGAAGUCUUCGCCUCCAUUAUCGCCAAUGCCUCCACGGAUCCAAAAUACACCUAUCCGACUUCCUUGACCCAGGGCAUCAUCCCCAAGAACUUUCACUCCCACAACGACUAUUGGCGUCCUGUUCCCGUCUACUCUGCCAUCUCGGUCGGCGCCCUGUCGAUCGAGGCCGAUGUCUGGCUGUACAAUGGCACCCUCCACAUUGGCCACGAGGAAUCCGCCCUCACCAACGAACGCACCUUUGACAGCCUCUAUGUCCAGCCCCUGCUGUCGAUCCUGCGCGCUCAGAACCCCAACAGCAGCUUUCUCACCGAUGGCACCACGUACAACGGCGUCUACGACACCGACGGCGGCCAGACUCUGUACCUCUUUGUCGACGUCAAGACCGACGGCGCCACCACCUUCCCCUACGUCGUACAGGCCCUCCAGCCCCUGCGCGACGCCGGCUACCUGACCACCGUCAACGGCACCACCGUCACCACAGCACCCAUCACCGUCAUAGGCACAGGCAACAGCCCUCUGAACCAAAUUCAGGGCGUCUCCCCACGUGACUACUUCUACGACGCCCCCAUUCCCUAUCUGAACGGCACCUUUUCCAACAUCACCGCCGACGUCUCUCCCAUCGCCAGCACCGACUUUGGCGUCCAGUUCCCGGAUGUCUUGUCUAACACGGGCUUCAACAGCUCCCAGCUUGCCCUGCUGCAGGACCAGGUCGCUGUUGCCCACGCCAAGGGUAUCAAGGUGCGAUACUGGGAUCAACCAGGCUGGCCCAUCGGCACGCGCAACGCCAUCUGGCGAACCUUGUGGGACAAUGGGGUGGACAUUCUAAAUGUGGAUGACCUGGAGGGGGCGGCCAACUUCUGGGAGGGGCUGGGCUAG